UCGACCCACUCAUAUCCAACCACCUCCAGACAGGUGGUUAUUUCCAAUGAGAGGAAUUUCCAGCAUCUUGUCUCAACCAGGCCGGCUGUUGAUGCGAACUCCCCCUUCUGAUGGACACUUGGGGACAAUUGCUGGUGGUUCGGUGUACACACCUUGCAGUGUUGACAGCAAGAAUGCCUCCCUGACACCAAUAUCAGUGCCAAGACCAAUUCAUCUGCACAAGAGUGAGUAG